CAUCAGUAAAACAAAAUAUUAAGGAAAUCAAAAUUGAAUUAAUCUUGCUUUCUGUCUGAGAUUCUCUGCUUGUAAAGGCUUUUAGGCCUGCAAUUCAAUUUAGCGUAAUCAUGUAUGUGUAUAUUGUGGUUUCAGCUCUCGAAACUAAAUUAUAUUUACAUUUGAGGCACGAUUUGUGUAUUUUAUAUUGUUGACCAAAACUUCAUGUAAUGUUAGCCACAGACUGAAUCUAUUUAAGCAGUAUCACACAAGCAAGGAGUACUGCUGUUGAACUUACUGACGUGAUCUUUCCACGUAUUUGUCUGUGCGUGAGACUCAUGACAGCAGAAGUGGAAUAAAGCGACGUGUAGCAUAGAGAGCUGCUUGGAUGCAGCUGUUGCACUAAAUUGAAUUAGUGUCCCAAAAACCCCUACAAACGGAGCCUCUCAGAUGGGAAGCAAACCAGAAUUGUAAUUCAAUUCCGAAAACCAAAUAAACUAGCUGUUGUUCUACAGAGAACAGUUCUCUCUUUCCUUUCUCAUGUUAUCUUUCAGUCCUCUGAUAACCUGGAGAGAUGUCCAGCAUCUCCUCGUGAAGACGUCGAGACAAGCUCACCUGAAAGCCAGUGACUGGAAAACCAAUGCAGCCGGACACAAAGUCAGUCAUCUGUAUGGCUUUGGUUUGGUGGAUGCCGAGGCCAUGGUGGUGGAAGCCAAGAAGUGGAGAAAUGUUCCUCCUCAGCACACCUACAGCAAAACCUCUGACCGCAGAACCCGGUACAUUCGAGCAGAUCAGAAGCUGAACGCCAGCAUCUCGAGCAGCGGCUGCAGCGAUCAGCCCGAUCAGCAGGUGGUGUUUCUGGAGCACGUGGUGGUGCGCGUCCUCAUCGUCCACCCGCGCAGAGGAGACCUGGAGAUCAGCCUCGUAUCCCCCUCAGGGACGCGAUCACAGCUGCUGGCUCAGAGAUUGUUUGAUAACUCCAACGAGGGCUUCAGGAACUGGGAGUUCAUGACGGUUCAUUGCUGGGGGGAGAGAGCGGAGGGCACGUGGACGCUGGAGAUUUCAGACUCGCCGUCUCAGCUGCGUAACCCUGAGGUGUUGGGUAAGCUGAAGGAGUGGACACUAAUCCUUCACGGCACGACUGAGCACCCCUACCAAUCCCAGAGUUCCCAGCACUCGCACUCACUGGAGAUUCCCACAGCAGGCAAGGAGCUGAAAAACCCAGAUUCUGUGCCAGGAGCCCCUGAGCAUGAAGAGGAGGAAGAGGAGGAAUAUAAUGGUCCGUGUCAUCCUGAAUGUGGAGAUCAGGGCUGCGACGGACCAGAUGCCGAUCACUGCCUCAACUGCAUUCACUUCAGUCUGGGCAGCCUCAAGGCCGGCAGGACGUGUGUUAGUCACUGUCCUCUGGGUUAUUUCGAGGACGGAGAGGCCCGCAGAUGUCGCCGCUGUCACCGAGGCUGUGAGAAGUGUGUGGCUCGCAGGCCGAACGAGUGCCGCUCCUGCCGGAGAGGGCUUUACUUCGACUCGAAGGAGAGCACCUGUGUGGAGACCUGUCCCGUCGGCUACUUCCACGACGACGGCCAGAGACGUUGUCUGAAGUGUCAUGAGAACUGUUUGAAAUGCUUGCGAGAUGCAGACAGAUGCACGGCCUGUAAAGAUGGCAUCAGUCUGGCAGGAAUGACCUGCGUUCCAGAAUGUGCCAAUGGAACAUUUUUUAACCUGGAAGAAAUGAAGUGCAGCCCCUGCCACAUCUCCUGCUCCACAUGCACAGGUCCGGGACUGGAGGAGUGCAUUCAGUGUGCGCCGGACUACUUACAGCAGGAGUGGCGGUGCGUCCGAUCCUGUGCUCCCGGAUACUACAGAGGAGAGGCGGCGGGAUUCACACAGAGGAUGUGCCGCAAGUGUGAGGAGCACUGUUUGAGCUGUCAGGGUCCUGGAACGAGCUGCACGCAGUGUAAGGACAGAUACAGCCUCGUCAGCCGGACCUGCAUCAUGAACGCCACCUGUAACAACGCGGAUGAAGUAUUCUGCGAGAUGGUCAAGUCGAACCGACUAUGUGAGAAGAAGCUCUUUCGUCAGUUCUGCUGCCGGACGUGUUUGAUGACGGCUGGAUGACAGCAAGAAAAGAGGCAAAUGGACUGACAUACUAUUUCUUUGGUUGUAUUAUCUAAUGUACAUUUUAAACUAGUUAUGCUGUGAUUAUUAAAGGAAUAGUUCAGCCAAUGAUGAAA